AUGACUGUUUGGAAGAAGCUGUGCUGCGGCUACUCGCCGUGGCCUUGUUGCUUGGGGAAUCGUAUUGGUGUGGGUGACAAGGAGAUCUCCUUGCUAAUGUUAGGCCUGGACAAUGCCGGAAAGAGUUGCACGGCCAAGUCUAUGGUGGGGGACACGGAUCUGUCAUCCGUAGCCCCCACCGUGGGAUUUUCGAGCGUGAAAACAAAGUAUAAAGGCUAUCGUGUCACCAUAUUUGACUUGGGUGGGAGCAAAAGAUUCCGCGGAAUCUGGCCCAAAUAUUUCCAUGAGGUCCAUGGGCUCAUUUUCGUCGUCGAUUCAGCUGACAAGGGGAGGAAUGACGAGGGUCGGGAGAUAUUUAGAGACAUCUUGAGACACGAUAAGGUGCGCGGCAAGCCUGUCCUCUUUCUGUGCAACAAGUCUGAUUUGGACGACGCUCAGGACGAAAUUGACAUUGUUGAGGCCUUAAAUGUAGAGCAAGUGGUGAAUGAAGCCCGUUGUCCAACGAGGGUAGAACCAGCAGUGGCUACCAAAAAUCAAGGUCUUCGCGUGGGCUUCAAAUGGCUGGUAAAGAGUGUGAUUGCCAAUUACGGUGACCUUGCUCCACGAGUGGAAGCCGAUAUCGAUUUGGAAACUCGCAUCCAAGAGAAACGCCGAAAAGAACUUCAAAAGAGGAUGGAAGAGCGUUCCAAAGAGAUUGAGGAGAGCCACGAAGAUCAACACGUGUCAAAUAAAGUGGGAUUUGUGCCCUUAAACGAGCUCAAGAAUGAAUGGAACGAAGAAAGUCCUCCCCGAAAUUCUCCAAAAUUGGAUGAAUCGCACACUGAAAAGGUACCAUCUCAAGUUCGACAUAGCACGGCCAUGUGUCAAUCAACAGACGUCGUCGACCUUCCCAAUUGUCUUCCAAGCUCGGAGAAACUUGAAUUAGAACCCAUAAGUGAACCCAAAAAACGAACUAGCUUGCUCAAGAAACUGAAUCGAAACGGGACAACCACUUCUAUGCUGAAAAAAGGCAGGAAUUUGUCUAUUGAUAGCGGUGGCAGUGUAUCCAUGAACAGUAAACCCAAUUCCGCUAAUUCCAGUGUCGAGAGUAUCCGUGACAGUCAAGUUAUCCGAGCCUACAUUGAAUGUUGAAAUCAAUCAAAAAUACCCAUAGCACAAUA